GAAUGAAGACAUAAAAGGAAAAUUAAUCGGAUGAAUGGAUGCAUAGAUCGAUGGAUGAAGAUGUAAAACUUAUACCCUGCCAAUUUUGAUGCACCAGAUGCGCAUUUCGACAAAUAAUGUCUCUUCAGUGAUGCUCCACCGAAAUGUUUGAAAUCCGUAAUAGCAAUGAAGUUUUAGAGCUAUUAUAGCCAACAACAGCGUGCCAAAAAAGGUGGGUGAAGAUAUGAUUGUAUAGAAAAAUUAAAGGGUGCCCAUCGUUUGUUAAUAACAUGUAUAUUCUAGUUACAAUACUUUUUGAAUGCCCACCAGGGUACAUUACGAACAACUGUACUUUACCGUGUCGAUACCUAAGCUUUGGUCCAGCUUGCCAAGAGAAAUGCAAUUGUAAGGAGUCAGACUGUAAUAGCGGAACAGGGUGUAAAGAAGGCGUUGCAACUUUAUAUCCAGUUUCCUCUUCACGAGGUGAAUUGACUUCUUCUACAAUGCCAAACGCCUUAAACAUAACAAUCUGUCCGAAUGGUUAUUUUGGUGAGAAAUGUGAAGUUCCGUGUCGUUUUCCAAAUCAUGGUAAUGGUUGUCAGCUGAAGUGCAGCUGUGCUGAAGAACUUUGUAGUCAUAUUCAUGGAUGCUCAACUAACAACACGUAUGAUACCCAGUGUGAUGUAAAGAUGUUAGGGGAGAACAGAGGCAGGGAAUCCAGACUACUUCGUGGCACGAUAGGAAUGGCAUGUGUGGCAUUGAUUUUCUCCACAAUAUAUUGCUCAUUUAUUAUCCUAAACAAUUCAGAGGGAGUAUAAGGAAGAAAGAAAUCACCGCUGCCUAACUAAAAUUUGAAGUAUUGUAUGUUGAAAUAGACGUGUUCGCGCAAUCGUAUAUGAAUUGCGAAAGACACGAAUAUCAUUUGAAAUAUUGAUCCAUUGUGUAUCUGUGUAGGUUGAAUAAUGUUUGUGUACGUGGACUCACUUAUGUAACCAUCUGUAAAUAUAAAUGCACUUUGUUAUAUAUAUUAAUCCAUAAUUCAUAUGGUUGCAAUAAAU